AACCUCACAGAGAUUCCCAAGACUGGGGGAGUCCGAAGACAGAAGGGAAGACUGUGCAGGCAAAAUAAAGAACACAGAACACCUGACAUUGGCAGAACCAGAAAGCUGGGAGGGACCAGAAGUGGGCAAGGCGAUUGUGAUCCAGAGUGAGGAAAGUAAGAAGAAACAAGGGACAAACGAGCGGUGUGUUGACUCGGAGGCUGUUUGUUGAUUCACGAUUUUCUCCCCUUGUGUAGCUCUUGUCCACUAGAGGAGAAAAGCGGGGAUGGCGCCUCAGCGAUUGAUUGGUCUAAAUCUCUCCGUCACAAAAGAACUCGCCUCUAGAAGCGCCAGGCUAUGGGGUGAUGGCCCCCACGACCCCCACGGACCCCAGUCCCCAGCCCAGACGUUUGAUUUUCUCGUCCUUCCUCCCGAUUUCUCUACGGCUUCGUGGUUAUUUAUGUUUACAUUGUACUGUUUUCUCCGCUGCAAAUUAAAAAAAAAAAGAAUUUGCGUUAAAUACGCAAACAAAUGUUUUCCCAUCUUCACUCUAACAGUUGAUUACCCAUCGACACGAGUUCUUCUGAACACUGUGGCUUCUUAAAAUUGGUUUAGCGGAGAGAGCAUAAGGAGGUCUACAUUGAGUUUGUCCGUUUGUGUAUGCAAAUCGGAUACACGUGUGUGCGUGUGGUUUUUCUGUUGAUGCAUCUUCAUUCUUUCUUUAUAUCUUAAGUUGUGAAUUUUUCGAGGUUCGAAAGAUUACUUGACAGCUAAUGCCUUUCUUGACAGUUCAAACUCUCGGUUUGUCUGGUUCCAGAUUUAGAGGUGGUGCAAAAGCAAUUAUUUAAGUAUAAAUAGCGGGGAGGGGGGAAACAAAGAGUAGAACAUUGAAUCCAGAAGGACAAUUUAAGUUGUAAUAACUUCUUCGUCUUCAUGGACACCUCCAGGUCAGGUAAUUAUUCUAUGAGAACCCAGGACUCAUCUAAUCUGUUCCUCCCGGCUUGCUUCUGGAAGUGACCAAGACGUUUGCAAGACAUCUUGUAAAUAAAUAUCUUUGUUCUGUUUUAGCAAUAAGUUAACUUUUAAAGCUAUCUACUCGGAGAAUAGCAGACAGGACGCUUUCAACGGUGAACUGUUGUAGCACACACUAAUCUACUAAUGAUCACUCAUGCCUUUAACUAUUUUGAUACUUCUUGUUCUUUAUCACAUUACAACCACGGUCUACAUUUUUACAUUUCUACCGAGUAUCUAAGUCUAAUUCUUGUGAAUGUUGGUGGCGAUGGCUGCUCGAGAGCGGCGAGGACAGGCCCUCGUCUGAAAGCCACAAGCUAUCAUCUCCCUUGACCUAGACAAGGCCAGUGGGCGUGGCCAGCGGGAGGCGGCGGCAGCUCUGAGAGAGGAGGUGGGCGGAGCCGGGCACGCGACGUCGCGAGCGUGUCGCGUGCGUGAACAGCCACAGACGCGUGGCCAUCGGCUGCGGCCACGCUUUUGGUGUCAGAUAUAAGGAGUAGGUGAGGGUUAGGGGUGGGGUGGGCAUUUGCGGGUGGAGGGGAGAGUUAUUAAUCUGUCGGCACCCGAGGGAUUCCGUGCUAUUGUCAUGCUGGGAGGUCGGCGGUAAGCCAGCUGGCUGCGUGCACUUUCAUCGGUAUUCCUGUAGACUUCAUCCAGACAGAGAUAUUUGUUGUUAUAGUAACGUCCAGGCUUGGACUAGAGAGAAAAAUGUUGAUGUUUCUUUCUCAACGCGCUUCAUGGACACCUCCAGGUCAGGUAAUUAUUUUAUGAGAACCCAGGACUCAUCUGAUCUGUUCCUCCCGGCUUGCUUCUGGAAGUGACCAAGACGUUUGCAAGACAUCUUGUAAAUAAAAUGUCAGCUGUGAUAGGUCCGAAAGCUAACCCAAGAUUAUGUGAUGAUCUUGCGUAGUUUGUUUCAUAAACAUUGUUUACUAUCGUUAUUACAACAAUCUGUUGACUACAUUUCUUCAAAAAAAAAAAAGACUCGAACCGUUCUGUUCUUUUGUGGCUUGGAAGUCUUGUCAGACGAAGUUUUCGCUUCGUUGAAGAGCAAAGUUUGACAAAAGUUGGGCAAAAGCUCGGUAAAAGUUCAGUUUCUUGUUCCCCCCAAAAAAAUCCAUCAGUCGUCGCCAUGGAUACUGCCUACCUGUACACGCUGGACGAGGAGUUGUUCGACUUCUGCGAUGCGAACGACUACGCCGACUCUCUCGACUCGCCCUGUUCGCCGGGCUCCGACAUCGAGAACCAGAUCGUGUACGAGCCGUCACACCACCACAACAACCUCUUCCCCCCACCCUUCGACACCCUGCCUCCUCCCGCGCCCUUCCUCGGCCUCUCGGGUCACCCUAACAGCAGCAGCGGUGGUCACCACCACCAUCAUAACAACAACAACAACGCCGUGGGCAAGCCGCCGGUGAAGAAGGUGAUGCAGCGGCGCGCCGCCAACCUCCGCGAGCGGCGGCGGAUGAAGUCCAUCAACGACGCCUUCGAGGCGUUGCGCACGUGCAUCCCGGCGCGCGUGCAGGCGGAGAGGAGGCUGUCCAAGGUGGACACGCUCCGGCUGGCCAUCAGGUACAUCGGCUACCUGUCCGACCUGCUGCGUGCUUGCGGCGACUACGGGCGGGACUCCAACAACGCGCACGGGUCACGCGUGCAGGAGAAGGUCAUUGUCAGGUGUCACUUAACAGAACGCGACUCAGAUUGCGGAGACGGGCAAAUGCUGCUGGGCCAUUCUCUGUCUUGGGAUGACACCAAAGGUCGUCGACCGAAGGCGGACUCCAAGCUGGUGGCCAGAGUGUGGGUACCUGAGAACCCCACCGAGUCGGACCUCAUCAACCUUGCCACCUACUCUAGUGACUAUUGACCAAAUUUUCGGUGGACAAAGACCACGAAAUCCUGAAACGCACAUCCUAAUCUACCAACUAUCCACAUCCCACACGUCCUCUUCAAACGAAAGCCUUUUUGAUGUCUUCGGCAACACUGCCAACGGCGUGUGCAUCGCCAUGUAUGUCUGACCGGUGAGAAAAGCGGAGACACAUUUUUUACAAGCUUGUUGAUUUGUAGGACAACUCUUUUGACAUGUGUUUACGUGAGUGUGUGGUGGAAGUAAAAGCCUACCACUCCACAGUCUGGCCUACAACAACGACCUUAAAUUUGCAUAUUUUGGAUGAAACUCUCUCCCGGUCCCCCUCCCUCCCCACUGCCUAACCGCUCCUCGUCUGAACGACCUGCUGACAACUGCCGCAACAAUGCUGCGCUGAUCUAUAAAACCACGGCGCCACCCUUGCGACGUACCCGGUCUGACGUCGAUUGCACUCCAUCAUGUCGGUGAGGGACGAGGGUGCCGCCACUAGUAACAGCAUGGAGGACGAGGAGUCGGAAACCUUGCGGAGGAAGAAGCGAAUACAGGUCAUCCGAAUAAUCGGGAUUUGUUUUUUAUUUCUCUCAGUUUGGAAACGGCUGUGACGUACGUUUGGUGCCCAUCUUGAUCCUGCACAGAAGUGUCAUGCAUGUCCCUCCCAACUCUAGCUCUGUGCAGCAUCCCACCCCACACAAGACCUGCGGCACCGGGUGCAAUGCCACAGAGACUCGACAGCACCGAGGUCUGUCUUUUCUACAAAGAUGGCGCAUCGUGAUUCCACGAACAUGUAUACUCAGUAUUGUGAUGUGAAUCCUCGAAACUGAAUCAGAAUUCUGUUGACAUCAUGUCCACAAUUCAAGUAACUCUUCUGUCUGCAGAUAAUUUUUUCUGGCAUUCCUAUUUGUACAACGUUUACACACUGUGUACUCAUUAAGAACUUUCCUUUUGGAGAGAGCUUUGUACAACCUACGAUAAACAUUCUCCUGAUAAUAUAUUUAUUACAAGUGUAUGUUUUGUAACGGUAGAAGGCUGCAGUUUCAGUUUCGUCUAUGAAGUACAUUGUUUACAGCACCUGCAAGACGAAAAACAAUUCUGAAGGAAACUAAAGUUAGUACAUGUUCAGAUACAACACGCCAGUGCUUGUCAGAGCUGGCUCUUGCAAAUGUUUUAAGUGUGACGACUCCCUAAAAUCUUAUUUUCUAAUUAAAAAUAUGCUAUUACAUGGGACGAAGAGGACGAUGCAGCUCAGGAGACAAAAAGACGAAACAAAAAAUCCUAAAUCUGACAAGAUACUAAUUAUACAACAAGGAAAAAUGAAGAGAACUGAAGAAAUAAUUAUAUUUUCGAUACUGUUAAUGGAUUUCUAGACUAAUUUGCAUCGAUUUGUGCGUGCGUGUGUGCGUGCAUCCAUGUGUGUGUGGGGGGAAUAAUAUAUAUAAAAUAGAAUCACGGACAUAGCAUCUCACAUGCCAUUUGUCUAUUCAUUUUCUGUAACCUAUCGUUGACAACUCAUUUUCUUUUUUUCUCUCCUUCUGUUUCCUUUCUCUCCCUCUCUUUUUUAAUUUUCUUUCUCUCAUUUUCUCUGUCUCUAAAAUAUUUCUUAAAUAUUUGAAAUACUCUUUAACACUGCCAAAAUCUUAAAUUAAUUAACACACCGACCUGAAAGAAUUUUUUAAAAAUCUGAAAUGACAAAUUUUUACAACUUAUUCCUGAUGCCUUAAUUGUAUAUGUAUUGUGUUGACCUGUCUUUCAACAUUCUAGCUUUUCAUCUCUUAUUUCUUCCUUCUUUUUGAAUUUCACCUUUUUGUCGUCCUGAAAUCCCUAAAACAAUUGUUGAUUUUUGGUCAUUUUAAUACAAUUUGUACAAUGCUUCGAAGCAAAAUAAUAGUGCCUUGUUAUCAAUAAACUUUGUUGACUACUGAA